AUGGAUAAAACAGAAAUCACAUUUACAGAUAAGAUCGUUAUUGAUAAACAGGAAGCUCUCAUGCGCUUCGAAAGCCUUUUAUAUCAAAUCAAGCCUUAUUUAUGGCAAAGAUGGUGCGCAUUUGGAUUUAUGAUGUUUCUUUUCCUCCUCAGAGUAUUUACAUGGCACGCUUAUUACUAUAUCGUAUAUAUUAUUGGAUUAUAUUUACUCAGCUGUGUAGUUGAAUUCAUUUCUCCAAAACGUGAUCCAGAAUUAUAUGGUGAAGAAGUUUUACCAUCAGCAAAGGAUGGAGAUUACAAACCAUUCGUUAGAAGAUUACCCGAAUUCCAGUUUUGGUGCUGCUGCAUGCCUGCAUCUGUUUUAGCUUGCUUCUUCUCAUUAAUGCCAUUUGAUUUACCAGUUUACGCUCCAUUACUCUUUGUUUAUUUCAUUGUUGUUUCAGUUUUUGUCUUCAGAAAGAGAAUUAUGCAUAUGAUCAAGUAUAAAUACGUUCCAUGGGAUACUGGAAAGCAAAAAUACCAGAGACCAACUGAAUAA